GUUAGCCUGCUAAAUAUAAAGGCUUAAGUUAUAACAAUUUCCAGUGAAUAAGGUUAACGUUAUGAAUUGGGAAAACUUCUGCGUCUCAUAAUGGUGGCAACGUUUAUAUCCUUCUCAUUUACUCACAACCUCUUCUCAGUAAGUUUCUUUAGCACCUGCCAGGAUGGAUCUUGGGAAGGCAAAGCUUCUUAGGUCAGGUCUCAACACACUACACCAAGCCAUCCACCCUGUGCACGGUAUAGCAUGGACGGACGGCAAGCAGGUCUGCCUGACCACUCUCUACUUCAUCAAUGGCGAGGUGAAGUUUGGGGACACCAAUGUUAUCGGGCAGUUUGAGCAUGUCUUUGGUCUCUUCUGGGGCCCGCUGUGCUGCUCGGACUCCCCUGCCUUGCUGGCUGUUCAGCACAAGAAACAUGUUACCGUGUGGCAACUGCAGCUCAGUGCCCUCGAGCAGAACAAGCUGCUGUGCACUCAAACCUGUGAGAUGAGCGAGCCUUUCCCCUUGCUCUCCCAAGGCUGCGUGUGGCAUCCUAAACUGGACAUUCUGGCUGUGCUGACAAAGAAGGACAGCUCCGUGUUGUUUUCUGUCAGGGUGGACAACAGGAGAACCAAAGCAGACAUCAAAGGUAGUGGACUCAUCCACUGUGCAUGCUGGACUAAGGAUGGUACGCGCCUGGUGGUGGCUAUAGGCAGUGCUCUUCACUCUUACAUCUGGAACGACAUCCAGAAAAGUCUGGUGGCCUGCUCCUUCUGCCCCAUCUUUGACGUGGGAGGCUACAUCUGUGCCAUCGAAGCUACGGGGGAGGCUCAAGUAGCUGUGGCUACAGAGCUGCCUCUGGAUAAAAUCUGUGGGUUAAAUGCGGGCAUAGCUUUCGACAUGCAGACAGAGCCUGACUCCCCGCAUGGCCGCAACUCGCAAGUGGGCGUGCCGGACGACGACAGCCUUCUGGAUUCGAGGCGAAGAUCAUUUGAAUCAGAGCGGUCCUACAUCCCCAGCUCAGGCCCUCUUGACCUCACCCACCUCUUGGCGAGGCACCGUCGCUCUGACCCCAGCCCACUUAUUCACCUGCGUCGCCGAGACACCAUGACAGGCUCUGGCCAGGACUCCUCGCAUCUCAUCCUGGUCACCUAUGAGCGUAAAGUCACAACCUCCCGAAAAGUCAGCAUUCCUGGGAUUUUGGUACCGGACAUUGUGGCUUUUGACCCACGCGGCUCCACAGUCGCAGUGGCUUCCAACACCUGCAACAUGGUGCUCGUGUACUGCAUCACGGCCUCCGCUAUGCCGAACAUUCAGCAGAUCUCUCUGCAGACAAAUGAGAGGCCCAAAGGAGUCUGCUUCCUCAAUGACAAGAUGCUGCUGUUGAUGGUGGGCCGGCAAAAGUCCAGUGACCCUGUCUUCCUUCCGUCCUCUAACACAGAUAAAUAUAUUCUUCAUCUCCUAGCCAAAGAGUUGAUAUACGAUGGAGAGACUCCUAUUGCACCAUCCCCCUCUGCCCACAACCAUGAGUCCGCAUCUAAUUUCUGCGCAGGGAUUAGGAGGCACUCGGAGCACCUAUCUAAGGAUGACAGGGAGCGCUCAGGGAUAAAGGACUUGGUGCUGCCUGGAGGGGGAGUAUUUCGCUCACCGGGCAACAGGCGCAGGCUGGUGGAGGAGGUGAGGAGCGGCGAGCCGAGCCCCGUCACCAGCUCUGUGGACUUCUCUGACCGAGCAUCAGACAGAGCCCUGUCCAGUGCCUCCUCCAUCGCAGUGGAGAAUUUCGAUAUGGACCAUGUCAACCGCAUGACCAACCUGAUGGUGGCCGGCCGCCAGGCCAGCAGAGACUCCAGCCGGGCCAGCUCUCCUCGCCUCGAGCCGUCGGACAAGCUUCACACAGAUCCGACGCUGCCGAUGCCUGAAAAGACAUCGGGCCCUGCCAGGGAGCGCUCGCUGGAGCAGCUGGUUCAAAACAUGGAGAGGCUUUUUACGCGCUUUGCAGAUGUACAGCAGUGCCUGGCAGAAAUCAGAGACUAUACCCAGAAUGGCAAGAAGGCCCCGAGUGUCUACCCCAAUGCGUGUGAACCCCCCUAUGUCAAUGUCACAUGUCAGAAACAGUUAUCCGAAAAUGUGUUCAUUGAUGAGCGCAGGCCAGUGCUGCUGUGUGACGGGAGGCUGUGUCUGCGUGCCCUCCAAGACCUCUUCAACCUAACCAUUGUGGAGAUGAUGUACGGUCCAUUGUGGAUUGUACUUGUGGCAGAUGCAGAUGGCUUUGUGCCUCUAACAUUCAAGGCCAAAGAAGAACUUACAGUGCGGAACGGGAAGCGGAAAACUAACCUACGGACUCCUGGCAGUCCGGAGAACUCCUGCCCAUCAAGUCCAGCCCCCAGCCAAAGCCCCAAUACAAACACAGAGCCCUCCACAUAGUGCCUCUUAACGCACACCUCAAUUUAUGGACUCAUGACGUCGUAUCACUGUUACUUUAAUAUCUUUGACUGAAUCCAUGUAUGCAAGGCAGCGUGGAUGUGGCACGAACAUGUAGAGCUUUAUUAACCCAAAAAACCAGAGGUAACACUUCAAAUUUAUUUUUGUAUUGAAAAACUAGUGAUUUGAAAAGUGCUGCCUAUUCACAUGCUAUGUUUACAUGUUGCUGCUUUGAAAUGAAAGCUUACCUGGAAGAACUUAAGCACCGAGCCAUGUUUUUUUCUUUAAUUGUUUGUUGAAAAAAGGCAGUGCAGUGGUGGUCAAAUCCCUCGUUUACGCCGGACACCGAUCGUCGUGCCAUGGCGCUCUACUAACAGCUUUGAGUAUGUUUUAGAGAUGUUUAAAAAAUGUUUUCUGGUGUCUUGGUACAAGAACCAAUGGAGACUUAUGUAUGAUGUAAGUGUUUCAUUUUGAUCUGUAUUUUUUAUCCCUGGAGCACUGCUGAGAUCCCCACACUUAUGGAUAUAUGGUGCAUGAAAAUCAUAUUUUACCUGUAACAUCUCUCGAUUAGCGCUUUAAUGUGAAAACUCAGAUGUUCAAAGUGUAAUUCAGCCUUGUUCUAUUAUCCUCUGUGGCAUAUCUAAAAUGUUAAAGAGAACAGAGGUCAAGCACUUUCUUCUGCAGUUGUAAUGUUACCAAGCUCAGUAACACAAAUGACCACUAGAGAGGGGGCAAGACCCAACAGAAACCUCCCUGUUAUUGCUAUACAGUGUCCUUCAGAGCUCUAUUGAAACCCAAAUAAGUGUAAUGUGUAUCUUUCGGUAGCACUUAAAAUAUUAAAUUUGCAAACUAGCGUGC